AAGUAGUACUUACUGAAUAGCUGUGAUAACGGCAUAACUGAUCUGCGUCACUGGUUGCAUUCUUGAUUAUUUGUAAAUUUGUUUUUUGAAAUCGUGAUACAGCUGCAAUGAAACAAAAGUUAUAUUAGAUCAAAAUUAAAUAUGUUUGUGGAUGGUAACUACUGGAGCCACAGUUUUAAUGGCAACCAGUGAAGGAACUUCAAAUGGAAUACAAAAUAAUUCCACACGAUAUGAAAAUCAAAAUAUUUGUUGUCACUAUAAUGAGAUACACAAUAAUCAACAAAAUUCAGAAUGUCCAAUUAAAAAGAAUAUAACAUCUUGUAACACAAAUAAAGAUAAAGGUCGUACCUCCAUGUUGGAAAGGAAUAGUCGAUUGAUUUCAAGAUCAGAAACUAAGGAAAGUAAUAAAAAUCAUAUAUUAUAUAAAACAGCAUUAGUUCGUGAAACAAAAGCUUCUAGAUUACGAGCUGCCUCUAUUAUAUCACCUAAUGGUGGAACAGUGUUGUCAAAAAAAUUGGGUAUGUCAGAAAAUUCUACACCUUUGGGCCUCCAACCUAGUACUAGUUUAUCAAUUAAAGAUGAACAUCCAAUAUCAAACAAUAAUAGUAUUAUAAAUUCGUCACGAGAAAGAGAUAAAAGUUAUAAACGAAAAUCAUAUUUAAAUUGUUCACUUAAUAUGGAAACAAUAACAGGAGAUCGUUCAAACCAAUCUGAAUGUAAUAUUAGACAAACUAGAAGACAAUCAAAUAAACAAGGCUACAUAUCUGAUACAAUAUCUACUUCAUAUUCUAAUAAUCAACAAGAAACAACUAAUUUAAGUAAAAAGUCUUUUGACUCGAAAAAUACUUGCCAGAAAGUUAAAGAAAAUUAUUCAAAAACUUAUACAUUGCCCUCAUUGAAUUCUCCUGCAAAUAACAAAAAUAUACAACGAACUAGUAGCGGUGGCCAUAGUGAUUCAGAAGUUUCACGAAGAGUUGACGCAUUAACAGCGUUAACAAAAUCUGCAAUAGAACGUGUAGAAAGACUUAAGUCACACUCAAAUUUAUCGACAAAUUAUGGAUCACGAUUAGAAAAUCGUUCAUCUAAUACACCAAAUCAAGUUACAGAAAAUACGAAUAAUACGCGUGCAUUGCAAUUAUCUCCAAGAAAAAGUUCUAUUUUGAAAAAAUCAAAUGAUGAACACUCUCAAGAUGGAUCUUUAAGUCAUCAACAUUUACCAGUUUCAAUUCUCAAACAUAAAAUGUCUGAUAUUGAUAUAGGUCAAAAUUUAUCUACCACUACGAAUCACACAGUUUUGCCUGUAACAUUUUCACCAUCUGUUAGAGAACUUACACAUAAAAAACAUGGUAUUUUAAAGAAACGGAGUAGUUUGGACGAAAGUGAAAUACUUCGACGGCGCAGUUGCUCACCCGAUAUUUCGUCUAUUGACAAUACCUAUUCUGAAUUCAGACCAAUAUUAAAAAAUCAAAGACGAUCGUCUUUAGAUGAAAUUAUUAAAAGGGAUCAGAGUCCAGAUCCUCAGCCUACUUCAAUAUUAAAACGAAAAUCAUCUAGAGAAGAUGAUCGAGAAGAUCGUCAGAUUGGUUCUACAGAACCACAGGGUAUACUUAAAAGAAAAUCUACAAAUAGUCAACGAACAACUACUGUUAAUCAUCAUGUGACCAUUACAAUGGAUACAACAAUUGUGAGUGGUUCUGAAAUACUUGAUAGUUCUGAAGUGAGGCCAAUCCUAAAGAAAAAGCAUAGUAGAGAAGAAUCAUUUGGUAAUGAUCCAUCUUUAGAACCACGGCCAAUACUAAAAAAGAAAUCGAGUACAGAAUCGGAUGAACAUGAUGAUAAACCUAAAAAAACUAUUUUAAAAUGUACUCGAAAAAAUUCACAAGAUGAAUGUAACUAUGAAACAGAAUUGACCUCGCCAAAAAAAUUGUCAAUGCUUAGAAAUCGUACAUUACAAAAUAGAACAAGUGCAGUGUUAGAGAAUGAUCCUGUACGACCUAUAUUAAAGCAACCCGGCAAUAGAGACAACGAAUCACGAGUCCGUUUAAACUUAUACGAUGAAACAGUCGUUAGUGAUGAUAUAUCUAUAGAACCAGCAAAUUUAUUUUUGCGAAAAAGAGCACAAUCUGUGGGUCAUAUACAGCCUUCUAAUAUUCCUAAUGAAUUCAAUGGUGUACUUAAUAAACGAAGAUCUCUUGAAUUAAUAUCUGUAGGUGCUAUAUCAGAAGGAAAAUUAGCAACUAGUAAUAUCUAUUUCAAAGCAGCCCCUUCCUUGAGUGAUGAGAGUGCCAAUACUUCUAUUAUUCCUUGUGAAAAAUUGUACAGCACAGUAAAAGAGAAAUUUACAGAUAAAGAAAAGCAAACUGUCAUAGUAUUUGAAAGUGAAGAAGGAAAUAAAGUGAUUUCACAUGGACUUGUAGAUAACAGUAUUGAUAGUAGUACUCCAGUUUCUAUUAGAAUGAAUGAUAAAGAGUGUUUGAGUAAUCAAAUGCUGUGUGUGCAAGAAAAAACAAGUGAUGGAAACAUUCAAGAAAGUAAUGAUAUACAAUAUAAUAACAGUGUUUCCAAAAUGACAUUGCAUUUUAAAACUUUACAAGAAAAGGCAAAUUCCAAAGAAAAGGAUAUCAUACCUCAAAAAACACAGACUAAAGGUUCACGUGGUAUACAACGAUAUAGAGAACGAAAGAAUCAAGGAAAUGAUAGAUUUAAUACUCAACCAGUGACUUUUCAAGAAGUGCAGGAAGCAGUUUUGCAAAAUCAACUCAAUGCCACAUCAGUUAAAAAAUCAAAUUUGGAAGAAGAAACUACGACUGAUGAUGAAUUUGAUCCCUCUAAAUUAAGUUUGGCAGAACGAGUACGUUUGUUUAAUCAGAAAAUUGAAAAAACUUCAGUAUCAAAUAUACCUUUGGAAAGGCAUUCACGAAGACGGCCUGCUGCUCGUUAUAAAACACAACCAGUUACAUCCGAGGAAGUUGAAGUAGCAUCCCGAAUAUCUCCAUUGAGUACUAUUAAUCAACGUCUAUUAGAUACUAGUGAUUUACCAAAAAGCAUUUUAAAGUCUGUGGCGUUACAUGCACAUAAUUUGCCGCAAGCAAAAAAUCUUGAACUUGAAGGAAUGAAGUUAAUAAAAUCUGUACUUAAAAAAGAAUCUGAGGAAAUAGAACAACAGACAUUUGAAAAUUGUGAUAUUUCAUCACGUUCUGUAGCAAAACCUAAUUUAAAAUUAGAAGAAAAUAAGACAGGAAGCAUAAUAGAAAAUAAUUAUCCAACGCAAUAUGGUUUAAAUUGUACCUAUAAUAAAAAGGAUAAUCAUACAGAAGGUAGGCAACAUGAAAUUAAACAAAAAUAUACAGUGCCUUUUCACAAAUAUAGUACACAGGAUGAAUUAAAUAGAACAAAAUUCAAAUCUUCAUUAAAUAACAUAGAUAAUGUUCAAAUUACUACAUCUAAAAAAUAUGAAGACAUUUUACAAAUAUCUGGAGGUGAGAUAUUCUCUGUAAGUCAUGAAAUACAUAACGUAAAAGAUGAACCUGCGGCUCCUUCCUGUCAUCCUAUUUUUUCAAAACAAACCAGGUGUACUUCAUUAUUGAAAAGCGUCAGCCAUCACGCAAUUAGCAACAAAACCAAUGAAAGUGAGUCGAAUAAUACAAUAACACAAAAACAACAUGGUGUACCUCUUCCAGGAUUAUGUCGUAGCGUAACGCAAGCAAUACCGACAGUAGAUAUUAAUGAUGGUCCAAGUAUGAGUAUUGCAGAACGAUUAGCUGCACUACAACGUAGUGGAAAUACAAAUUGGAAGCGACGUAUAGCUCCUGAGUCAUCUAAUUCAUCGGAUGGAGUAUGUUCCAAUUCAUUGAAUAAAGAAGAAGUAAGUAUCAAACAAGGAGUACUUGCAGAUUGCCUUGGAAAGCUAGAAUCUGCAACAGAGGGUUGGAAGAAAAGAAUAGCAGCUCCAGAUGUAACAAAGUUUACAGUAGCUGGUAAAAUGAAGGUAGAACAAUUAGAAAACUUAGAUCCAGGACCAUCAUCUCCGCUUAUUGAAGUUACAGGAAAUAUUACAGAUAGAAAGAAAAAAACUCCUCGUCCUGAACGGUUUAGAGCGAAGAAAGGAUAUGCAAAAGAUGCUAUAUCUACACCAGCUAGCCCAAAUAAAGAUUCAUAUAUUAAAUUGCGAGGCAGCUUCUCUGAACCUACAAGCGAUGACAGUGCUGAAGAGUUGAAAACGGGAAAGAAUGUAUCACCUAUUGUCUCAGUACCUAAAAUAGAUGACGAAACAUUUACCUCUUUCUUUACUGGAAUUUCAUUAGAAAAAUGUGAGGCUGAAUCUGUUGAUUUAAAUGAAAGCGAUUUUGAUAUGAUUACAUCGCAAUCUGAAUUAUUGGUUCAAAAACGAAAUAUACGAUUGAAACGACGACGUUUUGUGUCUAGAAAUCCACUUAAAACGCUUGCAGCUCGUACUGAUUUAAAAUCAGAGUAUACUGAGAUACGAACUGGUAUUGCAGAAAAAGUAAUGAAACAAUUAAAUGUUGAAAAACUAGCUAAAAAUUCGUCAUUAGCUAUGGAAGCUCUAGCUGGCUUGGCUUCUACUGAAGACUUUUGUAAUGUGAUGUUAAGGAAUGUGGCAGAAACAAAUAUUUCCACGAAUAGAUUACAGCCAUACAAAGACUUGAUGUUAAUAUUAAUUAAAGGCCGGAGACAUGUACAAGUGAGAUUAGUUGAGCCAGUUGCAGAAAGCAUUAAUAGUGGUGAUAAUUUUGUUCUAGUAACAAAAUCAGAGGUUUAUAAUUAUGUUGGAAAGUAUUGCAAUGUUAUUGAAAAAGCACGAGGUGCGGAAAUUGCAAUGAGUAUUCAGCAAAAUAAAGAUCUUGGUUGUCAAACAUCCCAAGUUAUUACUAUUUCUGAAGAUAAAAUAACUUGUACAAAAAGUCAAUUGCAAAAAUUUUGGAAUUAUCUUGGGGUAGGAAGCGAGAACGUCGAUGUUAUUGAGGGUGGACAUCCUGACGAAGAUGAACUUUAUGAAACUUUCAUGAUAGAUACGAAUAUGGUGUACGAAAUUAAAGAUGAAGAACUGGUACCACUUGAAAAAUAUUGGGGUACUAUACCAAAAAUUGAAAUGCUCGAUCCAAAUAAGGUGCUAGUAUUUGAUUUUGGUAGUGAAAUGUAUAUAUGGAGUGGUAAAGGAGCUUCAACUGAUAAAAAAAAGCUUGCUACACAUCUUGCUACAGAAAUGUGGCAAGAAGGAUAUGAUUAUACAGAAUGUACUGUAUGCCCAAUUAGUGCAGCAUCUAUGAUUGGUAGACGCACUGUGUCAAAAACAGAUUUGAAAGCUGCUAAAGUCAGACCUAAAUGGUGUUUACUUGCCAAAUUGACACAACAUGUUGAAACGAUACUUUUCAGAGAAAAAUUCCUUGAUUGGCCAAACGUUUCUGGUAUAAUACGAAUUCGAGCUACUAAGAAUAAAGAGAACGUUGAUGGAACUGUAACUAUAGAAAUGUGCGAUAUUAAUAAUUUACUAGAAGAAAAUACCACUCCAGUUGAUUUAAUUCUUGAAGGAACUCAUUUAGGUAGAGGCACUGGUUGGUAUGACAAUGAGCUAAUGAAACAAUUCAUUAUUACAACAAUGGGUCUAAAAGUUUGGCAUAUUGAUGAAUUUUCACAUAGUCUUCUAGACGAUUCAUCUGUUGGACAAUUUUAUUCUGCAGAUAGUUACAUUGUGCAUUGGAUGUAUUCUGUUACAGUUACUGGUCGUGAGCUUAGUGGUUUGCCAUCAAAACAUUCUGCAAAGGGACGUGAUCGCUCAGUAUAUUUUAUUUGGCAAGGGCAAAGUGCAUCUUUGAAUGAACAAGGUGCUGCAGCGUUACUAACUAUUGAAUUAGAUAAUGAUCAAGCACCUCAGAUUCGCGUAGUUCAAGGGCACGAACCGGCAGCAUUUCUCAAUUUAUUUUCUGGAAAAAUGAUUGUACAUAAUGGCAAGAAAACGAAUACAAAGUGCGAUGAACGGUGGCGAUUGUAUAUAUGUCGUGGUACUUUAGAGUCAGAGGUAUCUUUAAUAGAGAUUCCUUGUAGUACUCGUCAAUUACGAAGCAGAGGUUCUCUUAUAUUAUUAGAUACUAAAAAUAACAAAAUUUAUGUAUGGCAUGGAUGUAACUCCUUACCUCAUAUUAAAAAGAAUGCAAUUAAUGCAGCAACUAAAUUUAAAAAAAAUCAAUCUCAAGAAACUGGUUUAACAUCUACAGAUGACAAAGAAAUUCUUGAAAUUAAUGAAGGAAUGGAACCAGAGGAAUUUAUUAAUGCAUUGGGACAAAUGAACAAAAAGUUGUAUAUAUCAUUAGAAAAAGAUCAAUUACAGGAACAUACUCCAAGACUGUUUCAUUUAUCAAGCAUUUCUAAAGAAUUUAAAUGUGUAGAAAUAUUAUGUCCUCAUCGUGCUUCUUUGCCAACUCCAUUUCCUUUUUUACAGGAAGAUUUGUAUCAAGUUUACCAACCAGCCUUAUUUUUGUUGGAUAACAAAAACGAAUUAUGGAUAUGGCAAGGCUGGUGGCCCAAUACUGGAACAGAGGACCAAUCCGGUAGUAAAGCUGUCAGAUGGCAAGCUGAAAGAAGAGCAGCAAUGAUGAUGGCUAUGCAGUAUUGGCAAAGAAUUCAUCCAGAAACUAAUAAAUAUCCGAUUUAUCUAGUCUGGGCUGGUCUUGAACCUUUACAAUUUAUAAAUCUAUUUCCUACAUGGACAUAUCGCGAUGAUAUAGCGGAAUUAAAUAUAGAGGAUGGUCGAAAUCCUGGAGAGGUAUUGACUGUAGAGAAUGAGUUAGUUCGGUUAACGCAAAGUACGUAUCCUCCGGCUCAAUUAUUACAACGACCAUUACCACAAGGAGUUGAUCCUACACACUUGGAGUUGUAUUUAUCUCAACAACAUUUUCAAGAAAUAUUAGGUAUGACUAAAGAAGAAUUUCAAGAACUUCCAGUUUGGAAACAAGUGAACCUUAAAAAAGAAAUAGGACUUUUCUGAUGAAACGUCCAGACUGCCGAUCCUAUAAGAAAUAGCUGCCCCUGUAAAGCGAUUAAUAAAGUUUUUGUUAAUUGUU